GAGUCUCAGCACUCUUUGCCUCCUCCUCCGCGAUCUUCGACGCAUCUGUAGCUUCUUUCCUCUAUGCCUCCUCAUCUGCAAGCUUCGACGCCUCUGCAGCCUCCUUCUUCUCCUCCUCCGUCGCUGGCUUCGAUGCCUCUGCAGCCUCCUUCCUCUUCGCCUCCUCCUCCGCAAUCUUUGACGCCUCUGGAGUCUCCUCCUUAUUCGCCUCCUCCUCCGCGCUCUUCGAUGCAUCUGCGGCCUCCUUCCUCUUCCCCUUCUCGUCCGCAAGCUUCGAUGCCUCCUCCAGAUUCCUCUAA